UUUGGGUGGAAGCUGGCGCGUGCGUUUAAAAAAAAAAAACAGGGAAGAAAAAAAAGAGGCGCGGGCUUCAAAAAGAUGGCACGGUCGUCGCGCAGCCCCUCGUCCCUGGAGACGCAGUCUUGCAGUGACUCUUGUGACUCGCCUUUGUCUUUUACUACCUCCAUGGAGUGGGACACCCAGGUGGUGGCAGGGUCCUCCCCUCUAGGUCUGAGGACUGAGAUGGAGGGGUCACCCGUCGACCUGCGGCUGCCUGAGUGGUUGGAACCCGAGAGGUGUGCCGUGUUCCAUUGCGCACGUUGCUACGCGGUGCUCGCUGACACCGUGCAUUUAGCCUGGGACCUGUCGAGGACUCUCGGGGCCGUGGCAUUCUCCAGAGUCACAAACAAUGUCGUUUUGUUCGAACCCUGUCUGGUUGGCAUUGAAGGUUUUCUCAAAUGCAGCACGUACAACCGUCUGUUCUGUGGUUCCUGUCAGGUUCCUGUUGGUUUCCAUCUGUAUUCCACCCAUGCUGCUCUGGCUGCCUUGAGAGGCCACUUCUGCCUCUACUGUGAUAAAAUGCUGUGCUAUGUCUUGAAAACAAAGACCAUAGUAAAUGCUUCUGAGAUGGAUAUUAACAACCUGCCUCUCCAAGAAAAGAUUGCAGAGCUGAAAGAGAAGAUAAUACUAACACAUGCUCGAUUAAAUUCACUGACAAAGAUUCUGAAGGAAGUGACUCCUGAUCAGUCUAACCAAGAAAAUUGAAGAAGCAGAUGUGUACUGGUGCUUGUGGAGACCAGAGGAAGAGUGGGAUCCUCCGGAGCUGGAGUUGUUGCUGAGAACGAAACUCUGCAUAAACUGGAAGUGCUCCUAGCAGCAGAUCCGUCUCUCUAAUCCCCGCUGGUCUUUUCACUUCUUUUUAUUGUUGCUUUUGUUUCUGUUUUGGAAACGUGGUCUCACUAAGUAUCUCCAGUUGUCCUGAAACUCCCAGGGAUCCUCCUGCCUCUGCCUCUGGAGUGCUGGGACUACUGGUGUGGCCGCGGCCCCUAAAUGACCUUUUAUUUUAAACAGCACUAAGGAUGAGAAGACUGCAGAUGUGGCCUCACAGACUGUAGUUCCUGCCUUUGACAAACAGGCACGAAGAUCAGCAGCUCAAGAUCAUCCUUGGUCAACCUAAGCUUCAUGAGAAAGUGUCCCCAAAUCCCUGCUUGCCCCAAAUGAGCAUUUUACAGUACGCCUUUGAGCUUGUGACUUUCCCCAGCUCACCAGCCCACUCUUACUUUGGGGAGUAUUGAUUCUUUAUUUUUUCUUUCUUAAUAAAUUGUGACUCUGAUACUUUAAAAAAGUUGUUUUAGGCCAAGUGGUGGUGACGCACACCUUUAAUCCCAGUACAUAGGUAGCAGAAUCAGCAGAUCUCUGAGUGUGAGACCAGCCUGGUCUACAGAGUGAGUUUUCUGACAACUAGGGCUACACAGAGAAAUCCUGUCUGGAAAAACUAAAACCAGCAACAAUGCUUAUCUCUGAAAACAUCUUUCACUACUAAUUACCAAUUAGCAUGCAGUGUCCCUUGUGUUCAUGAUGUAAAGAUAUGCAGUUGCCAUGAAAAAGAGAUGGGGUUAAUAGUGAUGCUACUUCUACAUGCCAUUUAUGUGAAUACUGAUAAAUAUUUGCUUGGUUGUGUUUUGUUUUUUUGAGACAGGGUUUCUCUAUGUAGUCCUGAUUGUUUUAGAACUUGCUCUCUAGACCAGGCUGGUCUUGAACAGAGGUCCACCUGCUUCUGCCUCUGAAAUUAAAGGCACUUGCCACCAUCUCCAAGCCUUUAUUUUGAGAGAGAUUUCUCUAGGUAGCUUUGACUGUCCUGGAACUUGCUAUGUUGACCAGGGUAACCUUGAAUUUACAGAUUCACCUGAUAGAAUUAAAGGUGUAUGUAGCCGCACGUGGCUCUUAGAAAUCAUUUUUGCAGUGCUGAAGAGAUUAA